GUUUCUGCUCAGGGCAGAUCUUGACUUGAUUUCUCUCUCAUCCUUCUUCAAGUUGAACACAGCAUCCUCUCAUCCAGCAUGUUUGAUGCCAAAUGAGACAGAUGGCUUCGGGCUUUUGUCAUUUCUUUGAUGACCAUCCCCCCAAAAACAUUUAUAUGUGCGCAAAUGAAGUUGGUUAAACAGGUGAAGCCAUGCCCUCCGUGCCCUCUGCUAAAGACAAUGGCGGCCUGGCCCACGUCUGCCCGCACGCCGCCAAGAUGAUGCUCCUGAAGGGCGAGGGCAAUGGCAUGGCAGAGGCCAUCUUGAACGCCGACGCCAAGUCCAAGCUGCCACCCCUGAUUAACAGUGGGGGCGGGGACCUCAAAAUGAUGGGCCUGAACGGCGACUCCACCAACGGCCAUCACACGUCGUCGUCCAACGGCCAUCACGCAAACGGAGAGAGCAACGGCGUGGCGAAGCACCACAAGGACGGAGACACAGAGAAUGGCGUGGAGGAGGAGGAGGAGGAGGAGGCAGAGUCACCCUUGGAGAGGAAAUGGAUUCGUCCCGACCUGGCCAGCAGAUGCACAUGGAGGCUGGGAGGCCCAAACAUCGGCUCCCCUCACACCCACCCAGAGAGGACAAAGCCUCCUCCCAUCCUUCCCAACAUCCUGCGGAGGAUCGGAGACACCCCUCUGGUCCGCAUCAACAAGAUCUCCAAGGCUUUCGGCCUGAAGUGUGAACUCUUGGCGAAAUGUGAGUACUUCAAUGCCGGUGGCAGUGUGAAGGACCGCAUCGCCCUGCGCAUGGUGGAGGACGCGGAGAGGGAAGGCACCCUCAAGCCCGGAGACACCAUCAUCGAGCCUACCUCCGGCAACACGGGCAUCGGGCUGGCUCUGGCUGCAGCCGUCAAGGGAUACCGCUGCAUCAUCGUUAUGCCAGAGAAGAUGAGCAUGGAGAAGGUGGACGUGCUGCGUGCGCUGGGUGCGGAGAUCGUGCGCACUCCCACGGCGGCUCGCUUCGACUCCCCGGAGUCCCACGUGGGCGUGGCCUGGCGUCUGAAGAACGAGAUCCCCAACGCCCACAUCCUGGACCAGUACCGUAACCCUAGCAACCCCCUGGCCCACUACGACACCACCGCCGAGGAGAUCCUGGAGCAGUGCGGAGGUCAGGUUGACAUGCUGGUGGCAGGAGCAGGCACCGGUGGCACCAUCACCGGCAUCGCUCGCAAGCUGAAGGAGAAAUGCCCCCACGUCAAGAUUGUUGGCGUGGACCCUGAGGGCUCCAUCUUGGCAGAGCCAGAGGAGCUGAACGUGACGGAUAAGACCCAGUAUGAGGUGGAGGGCAUCGGCUACGACUUCAUCCCCACCGUGCUGGACCGAUCUGUGAUUGACCGCUGGGCCAAGUCGAAUGACGAGGAGUCGUUUGCCAUGGCACGCAUGCUCAUCAGAGAUGAAGGACUGCUGUGCGGAGGCAGUUCUGGGACGGCCAUGUCCAUUGCUGUGAAGGUGGCCAAGGAGCUGAAGGAGGGCCAGCGCUGUGUGGUCAUCCUGCCCGACUCCAUUCGCAACUACAUGUCCAAGCAUCUGAGUGAUAAGUGGAUGUGUGAGAAGGGUUUCCUGAAGCCUGAGGACCUGAUGAUCAAGAAGCCCUGGUGGUGGAACCUGACUCUCCAGGUGCUGCACCUGUCUGCUCCCCUGACGGUGCUCCCCACGGUCACCUGCCAGAAGACCAUCAAGAUCCUCAAGGAGAAGGCCUUCGACCAGGCCCCCGUGGUAGACGAGACCGGGGUGAUCCUGGGUAUGGUGACGCUGGGGAACAUGCUGUCCUCCGUGCUGGCCGGCAAGGUCAGGCCCUCAGACCCCGUCAUGAAGGUGCUUUACAAGCAGUUCAAAAUGGUCCGGCUGACUGACAACUUGGGCAAGCUCUCUCGUAUCCUGGAGACAGAUCACUUUGCCCUGGUGGUGCACGAGCAGAUUCAAUACAUGACUGACGGCUCUCCGGUGCUGAAGCAGAUGGUGUUCGGGGUGGUGACGGCCAUCGACCUGCUCAACUACGUGGCCACACGCGAGAGGAGGGAACGCUCGCUCUCAGAGUGCUCCCUGCCCGACGAGUAGAGACCAGACACACACACACACACACGGCCAUGUACACAUUCUCUUUCUCACACACACACACACACACACACACACACACACACACACACACACACACACACACACACACCCAUGUACACAUUCUCUUUCACACACACACACACACACACACACACACCGGAACAGAAACAGAAACAGUAAAAGAUGAAGGAGGACUACUGUUCAGCAUUUUGCUGUUCAGGUGUUUUAAUCUUUGUUUUCUCUGAGUUAAUCAUUUCACUUCAUUUAGCUUGGAAAAGAAAUCAACCCUCACUUCAAAAUGAAAAUUAUUACUGCACUACUGUUAAGACAAGAAUGUAUAUAGAAAAAAUAUUAUAUAUAGUGCAACCGUUUACUUUUGUUUUUCCUGAUAAGGGUACUUUGGCCAACGAACUCUUGCAACAAUCUCCUUUUCUGUCAGCAGCACAUGAUAUUCUCUUACAAUACAUUACCAAACAGGAUGAGAUUAGGUCAGCGGUGUGAAGAUGAACCAAAGCCUUGGCCAGGAGCAGACGUUAAUGAUGCAAUCGAGAUGUGUAUAUAUUUGAUACUUUUCAGAGGUUUCAUUGUCUUUUUUUUGUCCUGACAUGUUCUAUCUAUCUAUCUACCCUGUGGUAUUGGUUUUUAAGAUCAUCAGAAAGAGUCACCCCUUUUGGUCACAGCUCAACGAGGUGUUUUGCCAUUGGUAGUGUUAUUUAGAGGGGGCUAAAAAUAUGAGUAGUCGUUGGAGCUAUAUUGAUUUAGAGCCAGAGCCGUAUCUUAAUAUACGGCUCUGUGUAGAGCUGUGUUACAGUGCCACCUUGUGGCUGUAUUGGUUAAUACAAGUAUUCCUCUAUAUUCACAUAGAUAUGAACACUAGAUGCGGAGAUCAGCCUUUUGACAUGGCCUGACCUGCCUGCCGUCUUGGGCUGGUAUCCUAUGUUUUUCAUAUAUCCUGUAUUGCUACCUGAAGGAUAAUGUACGUAUCGUCUUGUCACUAAUUGAAGACAGUGUUAUACCGGCUAAAAAUGGUGGCCAUACGAUUUGAUUCAUUCAUUCCAGUACAAAGGGUGGUCAUCGUGGCAUGUAGUGUUCAUAUCUAUUGUGUCUACCAUGAUGACGUGAGGUGAAAAUUUGACUAACAGGGUUUUCAUAACAGGGCAAGUACUAUGGCAUGUUUGGCACACGCCAAACAUCUCCCAACCAAGGUGACUUGUGUUGGUUUAUUUCUUUCUUGUAUUGAAACAAGAUAUUUUUAAAGGUGUAUUCAGCAUAGACGGGUGUAUUUAAAGAGAGGGUAUGUGGCGAGGUUCAUGCAGACAGGUCUUUUAUAGAGAUCUCAUGAAGUAUGGAACAGGUUUUAGUUUUAGUUUUACUUCUUUUUUUUUCUUAUUCUUUUGUGCUUUUGACUACUUGUAAACUAAGAAAUGUAUCUGAAAUGGGACUGAAUGAAGUGAUUAUUUAGUGAAAUUGAGCGGGUUGUAAAGGGGUGUGGUACAGUAGAUUAAGCGGGAGAAGAAAAUUACAUGAACAGAUUUCAAGCUUUAAGCAGUCCAGUUACUCUGUUCAUAAAACCUUUUUGCAUCUUUAUUUUUGCUUUGUAGUCCAUGUUUAUGUAUGUGCAAACGUAUGUGAGUACUUUAAGUUUUACAUUUUGUUGAGUACCAAUGUCUUCCUUGCCUUUGUUAUCGCAUAAAUUUGCUUUAAAUAAUAAAGUUUUCUUUCUGCUAAAUUA